ACUUGCUUUCUCUGACUUACAUCAGAGAAAAGCUGCUAAGAUGUACAAGCCAGCCAAUAUCAUGAGACUACUGUUGCUCUUUCUCCUUUCUGUUGUCAUAGUAAGAUCCCAGGUGGCUGAUGACUAUGAUGAUGAGGAAUCCACAGAUGCACCACUGGAUGAAGGUGAGGGCGAUGGAAUGGGCGCACGAGGUCACAGGCCAAUAAACAAAAAACGGGAGCCAUUUCCAACUCUCAGACCAGCUCCUCUUCCUCCCAGUGGUGGCAUUAGAUAUCGGGCUCGUCCGACAAAGCCUCCUGUUGCUGGCAGAAAGAAAGAACCAAUUGUUUACCCCGACAGCGGAGGCUGCAAACAUCUGUCGGAUGAUCUGGGAGUCUUAUGCCCAACUGGAUGUGAACUGCGAACUGCACUGUUAAAACAGGAAAGGACAGUGAAGCCAACUGUCCAGGGUCUCACAGACAAAGUGCAGAAGCUAGAGCAAUCCUCUUCUACAAUCUAUAGUUACGCCAAUCUGCUGGAUGAGCGGUUAGCAAAGAGACAGAAACAAAUAAGGGAUAACGAGAAUGUAAUUUCUCAAUACAACAAGGAAAUUGAGGAGCAGUAUGAUUUCAUCAAACAGAACUUAGACAACAAUAUCCCAUCAAACCUACGAUUACUUCGUUCAAUUGUGGAUACUUUGCACAAAAAAAUACAAAAACUAGAAAACGCUAUCACAUCCCAAUUGAUAGAAUGUCGCACUCCUUGUACAGUUUCAUGCAAUAUUCCAGUGGUGUCAGGCAAAGAAUGUGAAGACAUAAUUCGGAAAGGAGGUGAAUCAUCUGAGUUGUAUCUCAUUCAACCUGUUACUUCUUCCAAACCAUACAGAGUUUAUUGCGACAUGAACACAGAAAAUGGAGGCUGGCUUCUUAUUCAAAACCGCCAAGAUGGCAGUGUUGGCUUUGGAAGAACAUGGGAUUCAUAUAAAAAAGGUUUUGGAAAUAUUGCAUUCAGUGGCGGAAAGAACUAUUGUGACACCCCAGGUGAAUAUUGGCUUGGAAAUGACAAAAUCAACCAGCUUACCAAACUGGGGCCCACUGAACUUUUAAUCGAAAUGGAAGAUUGGAACGGUGCUAAGGUUAAAGCGCAUUAUGGGGGAUUCAGCAUUCAGGGUGAUGCAAACAAGUAUCAGCUCUCAGUUAGUAACUAUCGGGGCACAGCUGGAAAUGCCCUUCUGGAAGGAGCUUCACAGCUACAAGGCGAGAACAGAACAAUGACAAUUCACAAUGGCAUGUACUUCAGCACUUUUGACAGAGACAAUGAUGGAUGGGCAAAUCCAGAUCCAAAAAAACAGUGUUCUAGGGAAGAUGGUGGCGGUUGGUGGUACAAUCGAUGUCAUUCAGCCAAUCCAAAUGGCAGAUACUACUGGGGUGGACAUUAUACCCCAAAUAUGGCAAAACAUGGAACAGAUGAUGGAAUUGUGUGGAUGAACUGGAAAGGAUCCUGGGAUUCACUGAAGAAAAUUAGCAUGAAGAUUAGACCAGUCUCUGAACAGUAGUGAUUAUUUUUUAAAGAAACAAUUAAAAGUUUUUGUGCUCACAGUCUGUUUCAUGAUAUUUGAACCUAACUUUGCAUUAAAACAGUACACAACAAACAAA